AUGAAAUCCUCCAAGAGUGUGACAAUUAACGGGGGGUCAUCAAAGAGCUUCGACAGAACUGACGUCGCCAUGAACAAAGAUGUCUGUCUUUUUUGCGGCUUGCUUGGACUUGUCUUCUUCCAUGGCUUCCUGGCGGAUUAUGUCUCGGCCUUCCAAGAGGAAAGUGGUGUACCUGACAUCAUUUUUGUUCGGUGGGAGCCAAGCGAGGAGGCUGAGAAGUGA